UUCUACAAAAAUGUAUUCAGCACCUAUUAUGUAUAAGUUGGUAGAGGCUCCUGGAUGAUAUGGCUAUGGCAUUCUGGAAUCCUGUAAGCUCUUCACAGGUGUGCUGCAUUCAUUUUGUCCCUGCUGAGUCCCAUACAUGUAAGUGAUGCCUGUUAGACAGAAUGGUGAAUGUUGCACGUCUUGUGACUUGAGUUCAGUGAGAUAAAUCUUGCUGCGGGAGGUAAGAAGAACGUUCUAACAGCAAGUAGGGGCUAGGGAAACGUGCUUACAGAAACAUUUGAGAGCAUUGUUUUAUGAAUUUCUGAUGGAACACAGGCAGACAGUGAGGCAUUGCAUUCAAACAACAACAUAGCAGUGGGUGGAAGGCAACAUAGGUCCAGGUGAACCCUUCAAGAGAGCCUCCCAAAGUCUAGUAUUCAAAGAGAUGGAAAGCCACCGUGCUGCAGAGACACACACACAAAGCCUGCCACCAUAAGCUUAUUUCUAAAAGUCCUAAGGCCAAGAUGUGUACAUAACUACCUGAAAUAUGAGGUAGUAAAUGAGAUUUGCAGCCAGGCAUGGUGGCUCAUGCCUGUAAUCUCAGCACUUUGGGAGGCCAAGGUGGGAGGAUCACUUGAGCUCAGGAGUUUGAGACCCUCCUGGGCAAUGUAGUGAGACCACAUCGCUAUUAAAAUAAAAUUUUAAAAAUGAGAAUUGCCACAAACAGUAGAUGGUAGAUUUUGGAGAGGAGCUGUCAUUGGAGCUGUAUUUUGCAUAGUUUUGACCAACAGAGAUGGGAAAAGAUAAUUCCUGGUGGAGGGCACAGCGAAAGGGAAGGGAGAACAUCUCUAAAGCAGGCAUCUUAAACAGCCAUAUCAGGUAGUCAUUUAUUGAAGCAAAGGAUGCACAAAGGAAAAGCGUAGGAAAGAAAGGUGAAAGUAAAGACUAGGAUUAUACCCCAAAGGACCCUUUGAAAUUCAUAGUUGGAUAAAUCUACAAUGAAAAUUGUUAAGCAGAAUUUAGAUAUUUAGGGUAUAUUCAAAAGUUUUAAGACAGGUGUCUUGGAAGAUGGUUAUCCCAUUUCAUUUAAUGUUAGAAGCAGGAUGCUGGGUAGAUGGACCACAGCCCUGCUGCCCAGGGACUAACGGCAAGCUCAGAGUCAAUGCCAUUAGCCUGUUGCCCUAUAAGUAUAAAGUCUGGCCUGUUGAGCAGGAACAGUCAUCUCCCGCUCCAUCCAGGUUUACAGAAAAUAUUCAGAAGGAGCUAUUGACAAGCAAUUUUUCCUUGUAAUGAAAGGGAGACAAAGAGUACAUUACUAGUUUCAGAUUAAAAUAAUGGAGCAUAAAAUGCUUCACCUUAAAAAAUUAUUUCAUCUUAUAAAAUAAUUUCAUGCUAUGUGAUUUUUCUGCCGAUGCAAGUGUUUGGCUGGUACAACAGCUUACUAACAGGUAUAUUCUAACUUGAACAAUCUGACCAUUUUUAAAAAACAUGAGUGAGAAAGAAAUUCAUUCAGCUGACAUAACUGGAAUUCUAAUUUCAGAUCUUCAUGGCCUCACUAAAUAUUUCUCAUAACACUUAUGGUUUAGUUUUUAUGUCAUCAGCAAUAAUGUGAAAGGUAUCAAUCUCUUCUACAAGGUUGCCACAAGAAAUUAACUGAUAAUUGUAAUAAAGCAAGAAUUUAAAUAUAGAAGUUUAAAUUAUUGAUAAAUAAUACUGCAUUUAUUUGUGUUUUAGAACCCAAUGUGUCCUUAUUUUGCCAAGUAUUUCUUAUUUUAUAUUGAUGAGCAUUAGAUAACUUAGUUCAUGGGUAAAGAUCAAAUGUAAUGAAGGAGGGAAAUUUAUUUUUUGUUUGCAGAAAUGCAUACAAAAAUAGCUGGCCUCACCUAGACCAUUAUUAAUGGUUUACAAAAGUGGCCACAAAAUGGCAGAAAUAAAAGUUUUAUUUCCUCAGAAGAAUCUUGUAUUUGUGGUCCAGAAUACAGUCCAGGUUAACUCCCAGCUAUUUUCCUUAGAACUGGCCUCAUGAUGCACCAGGAGUUGUCUAAGGGAAAUCAGGUGACUCCCGCCACAGCGAUCCCUUUGGCCUGUCCAGCUCAAAUCAGUAAGGGAGUGAGAUGCCAACCCACUGUUUUUAACUAGAUUUGGAGUUAUAAGCCUUGGAUUCCAGUGUUAGCACCACCACUAAUUUGCCCUUUGAUUUCGCUGUUUUAGCCUAUCUUCAUUGGUGAAAAGGGAUAAUAAUAACUUCAACCCACCUCACAGAAAUGUAGUAAGGAGGAAAAAAAAAUCAAUGCAUGUGGAAGUUCUCUGAAAAGCUAAAAGGCCAAAUAUAAACAUAGAUAUUAUUUUUAUAAGGGCCUGGAAUUACUCAACCUUUUGUUUCUAACUUCAAGCUUGAGAGAAAGCUUUCUAUUUCCUUCUGCUCCUAAUUUGGACAAAAGAUACAAAGCAUUCCACUUGGACUUUUCCCCUUCUUCAAGCAUUUGGCUUGCAGAAGCCUUUUGUCAGCCAGCUACCAACUCAUAAAGUUGAAAGGGGAAAUCUGAACUCCACUCUGAGUCUGGGGUGUGGAGGUGGAAAUAACAGGAAAUGUCACUAGAACUUUCCUGGUCUCCAAGGAGAAACCGGGCAGGACCAAGUACAAAGAUAAGUACAACCACACAGCCUGUUAGACCACUGCAGAGAAUGAGGUUUGGUUUUAAAGUUGGAUGGCAGCAGAGGUGGCUUGACUCUACAUAAAGCUAAUCUAGCAGCAGAGUCAAAAUUGUUGGGAUAGAAAUUAUACAAGUUUUGCCUCAAUCAUAAGAGAUGAUACAUGAAGUGUCUUUCUACCUCGGAGACUCGUGUCCAUGAUGAUUCCUCUGCCCAGAGGACCCCUUUUUUGCUUCCCCUUGUUGUCCUUUUUAAGGAGGUCUUUCUUAGGGACGUUUUUCCACCCAAUGCCACUGCCCUAACCCAAUCCAGAUCAUGUCCAGUGCAAAAACUCAGAGCAUCCUGCACUCCUCCAGUGUAUGCAUUGAUCAUUGGAAUGAUCAGUUCAUUAUUUUGACUGUUUGACUGUUGUUCUUUUCCCCCUCCCCUAAUAAGCUCCCUGAGGACAAAGAACCGUUUGAUUUCAUAGUAUCCUCAGAGUGGAGCAGAAUGCCUAGCUCAAAGUGGGCCCUCAUUAAAUAUUUAUUGAAUGAGUGAUGAAAGAAAUACGAUCUGAAAAGAUCUCCAAAGCAGAUUAUCUCAGAUCUUACAUCAUUUCUAGGGAGGUAUAUUCAUGCAAAUAUACGCUAUUUACAAUAAGCCUCGUAAUUUACUGUUGCUCAGGAAAGACGUGCAAGUGGAGGGAAAUCAUACAAUGAGGAGGUUAAGAAAUCAAUUAUAAUAAUUUAGUAGUAAGGUAGUAUUCAGGUGUUGCACAUCCUGAAUAAGGGGUCCCUAAGGACUAGACAGUUUACAAGGUCCCAACUACCUGUGCCUAGAUGUUUUGAAGGAGGGACAUGAAAAGGGCAGAGCCAUCACUUCUCAGGCUUGAAGGCACAAGCAACAGUCAGCAGACAUCAGAGAAAAACUUCCUUCUGGGCCUGUGUCAUGUGAUAGAACAGAAGGUUGUAUGAUGGAGCCACUAAGUCUUUCUGAAGCUAUCAACACAGCUCCCAGAGACACAGGUAAAAUAGCAGCCAGUUUUGCUGUGUUCUGUUUACUUUCUUCUGUUCCAGAAAGUUGAAAAGUAUGGCUAAUUUGCAUUCAUAUGGUGUGAAUGCAAAUAAAUCAGGAAGAGAAAAUGUUCAAAACUAUCAUUCAAGCUCUACAGUAUGGUAAAGAAGUUUAAGUUCUUAAUCUUUAUCAUUAAGACUAUGCUUUUGGGAAAAAGGUGAGUCCCCUCCCACCACGUGUUGGGUUUUUUUCUCUCACUCUCUCUUGUUCUCACUUAACACAUUUGGUGCAAUUUUUUUUUUAACAAAAUAAGGUUUUAAUUUUUGCACUGUGGUCAUUCUAUGAAACAUAUCAUUAAAUUCCAUCUUCCUCUCUAAGUGGCUUGAAUUUGAUUUUCUGGCAGCUCAAUCUACCCCAUUUAUUUGUGUGUUGAAUCUGAAGAAAAGAAUAAGGAUGCUGAGUAAUGAAGAUUGUGUCUUUUCUGGGGCUUUUAAAGCUAUAAGGUUUCUAUUCUUUCCUUUGAAAUAUUGUACACAAUAAAUUACAUUGCAAAUAGAGAUGAAUUAAGUGAAACUGAGAGAUCAGAGAAGAAAUAAAGAGGUGCCAAUUUCUGUAGAGGGUCUUGAAUGGAUGAUACUAUAUACAAUCUAUGUUGUUCUUCUACUGUGUCCUACCUAAUAUUCUGCAAAUUCUAACUAUUUAAAGGUAGAUAGAAAUGAAACCAUUUAAAUGCUGCUUAGUAAUUUCAAAAUAGCAAUGAGCAGGGGACUUUCUCUUAUGUGUCAUCAGCCAUAUAACCCCCUUUACUUUUGCCACUGCUCCUGCUACUACUGGAAGAAAUCCCAAAAACUCAGAUAAUCAAAACCCAAAGAGGGUUUAUAUUUUUUCUAUUUCAUAUUCAAAGCCUAUCUCAAGCUAUGAACUGCCUUCAUUCCUGAAAUUGUUUGAAAUUCACUAAUUUUAUUUUUCCUUUGGGAGAGAAAGAACAAGUCAUGAUAGAAGAGGAAACUGCCAUUUGUUGCCUUCUGUGCAAUCUCUUACUCCAUUUAGUUGAAGCUGGGAGUGCAGACCUGGGUUUACUCCAUGCUGAGGAGGAGUCAGUAUUUUUCUGUUACAAUGAGCAUCUAGCCGAGUUCCCUAAACAUAGAAAACGUUCAAUGUAAAUUUAGCAAACGAAUGGGUGAAUGAAAGAAUACAAUUUUCUGGCCAGGUGUGGUGGCUCACGCCUGUAAUUCUAGCACUUUAGGAGGCCGAGGUGAAUGGAUCACUUGAGGUCAGGAGUUCAAAAACCAGCCCAGCCAACAUGGCGCAACCGCAUCUCUACUAAAAAUACAAAAAUUAGCCGGGUGUAGUGGUGCACGCCUGUAAUCCCAGCUACUCAGGAGGCUGAGGCAGGAGAAUCACUUGAACCCAGGAGGCAGAGGUUGCAGUGAGCCAAGACUGUGCCACUGCACUCAAGCCCAAGUGACAGAGUGAGAUUCUAAAAAAAAAAAAAAAAAAAAAAAUUCACUGUAUUAAAAUGAAUCAUUUUCAUCCUAUGAUUUUACUACAAUUUGAAAUCCAUUGUCAAUCAGGCUUUGCAAAAUAGGUAAUAUGCCUCCCUAUAAAGAGCUCAUAACAAAUGUGGCUUUUUAAGAACCUGGGAAAAAAGGGACCUGUGCUCAAGUAAGCGUUACAUACCAUAUCAUAUCUUGUCUCCGUAACACUUAGAAGCUUCUCUGUGAGUAGAAAGGAUCAUUUUAGAGUGUGAGGCAAAGUAAGGUGUUCACAGCAACAGAUAUGUUUAAAAUGUUUCAUUUAGGCUGAGCAAUGACCUGUCUCAAUCAAACCACCAUUGCCAACCUUCUUGUUCCAUCAUCACUUUGUUACGGAGACAUACGAUGACUUACUCAGGGAGAAAUCUUUGCUUUUAUCUGAUCCUCGGUUGAAUCUUGUCUGCAUAUUGUUCCUUUGCUUUUACCGUUUUUCUCUCUGUGACUAUGGAAUUUUCCCUUUGGUUUCUCUUCAAGGGGUCCUCGUGUUUAAGGGGUGAGGGAAUGAUUGUCUACUGCAGUCUGCCUUAACAAAAGUGGCAAGCUCUUGGCUUCCCCGUGGUAUGGCUCUAUCCACCACGGGGGUAGAGCUUAACUACACCAUGUAGAUGUGCCUGCCAGUCAGGGACCGCGGUAACUGUCGCCCCUUACGUGUGCUGUGUGCCCUACCGGGCUUCCCCAGAGAAUGGUGACAACCAAGGCAAGGUAAACCCUGUUCCAUGUUAACUGGGAGCGUAGACUUCCUUUAAAGUCAAACUUUGCGAACAAGAAUAAUCUUGAAAAAGACCGUUUAGGCGCAAAUCAAUGCUCAAGAACGUUGCCAAUCACUUGUAACCUCCUUAGACAUUUCACCGAUGUGUUAUUUAUGCUCAAGGAGGGGUCUCCUUUCAGCCCGGCAACCCAAAUCUUUGCUCUGUGCUUCGGACUCAGUGGGGGCUUGUCGGAUGAGCCACUGGGAAAAUAUGCGUCCCCUCACUUCUCCUUAAUCAACUAAGGUCACCUUGACAGAGCGCUUCCCUGUCCCUCUGGGGCUACCUCUGUGGUACCCUGACCUGUCCCUCUACGAGAAAUUCUCUACCUGUUCUGGAGGUUUCCUGGGAAUCCCGGGUUCCUAGCUCCCUGGACCUGCCUGCAAGCAGAAAUAUCCGCCGGUCUCCACCCCCCACCCCCAAACUCUGGGACAGCAGUGGGUACUGCACUAGCCAUUAAUGGCCAUCAUCUAUUUUUAAUCGGAAGAUCACAAGAAAGAUGGUAAGCGAAUCCCAGUCGCAAGUCAAUUUAAAUAACAUUCCUGGGGAAAUCCAAUCAUUUAAAACGGAGACACCUACGCGAGCGAGAGCCCCCGCCCGUCUGGCGGGCCUAAGCGCGAAGGCUGAAUUAAUCAAGAUCAAGGGGCUCCCGGGCUGAGAGCAGAGCGUUAACCCUUCCAGUCCCAGAGAGCGACAAGGCGAGGGAGGAAAAACGCGGCCGGCCGGGGCCAAGAUGCCCAUGGCAGCCCCGCGCGGGCUGCCUCUGCCAUUUAGGGAGGCUCCGGAAGCCUUGCACCCGGCCCGGGCGGUUGGGCGCGAGAGGUUAAGGUCAGAAGCUCGGGAAGCUGCUUGGGCCGCGAGUAGCAGCCGCCUCCCGCAGCCUCCGCGCGCCGCGGGCUCCUCCUCCCGCCCAAGCGUGGCCAAGUGAGGACUGCUCCGGCCGCAGGUAGCUGAGGCGCGGGAGGCGGCGCGCGCGGGACCCGAGCGGAGCGCCGGGGAGGGGCCGACGGACGCGAGGGCGGACGGACUCCCCAGCCUCCCGUCCCGGACGUUAGCCGAGGUCUGCGCGGGCCAUGUGGGGACCCGGGGUCACUGCCGAGGGCCUGUCGGUGGCUCCGGCGCCGCCGCCUCUGCUGCCGCUGCUGCUACUGCUGGCGCUGGCGCUGGUGGCGCCCUCGCGGGGCGGCGGGGGCUGCGCUGAGCUGGCGUGCGGCGAGCGGGAGCGCUGCUGCGACGCGACCAACGCCACGGCGGUGCGCUGCUGCAAGCUGCCGCUGCACGCCUUCCUGGACAACGUGGGCUGGUUCGUCCGAAAGCUCUCCGGGCUACUCAUCCUGCUGGUGCUCUUCGCCAUCGGCUAUUUCCUGCAGCGCAUCAUCUGCCCCAGUCCACGCAGGUACCCGCGCGGCCAGGCGCGCCCGGGACAGCGGCCCGGGCCUCCGGGGGGCGCCGGACCGCUGGGGGGCGCGGGGCCGCCCGACGACGACGACGACUCGCCCGCUCUGCUGCGCGACGAGGCGGCAGCCGGCUCUCAGGACUCACUGCUGGACAGUGGCGGCGGCGGCCGGGGCCGGGGAGGCGGCGGGCGCUCGGACCCCUCCUGCGCCUCAGAGCACGAGAUGCGUGUAGUGUCGCCGGUCUUCCUGCAGCUGCCCAGCUACGAGGAGGUCAAGUAUCUGCCCACCUACGAGGAGUCCAUGCGGCUGCAGCAGCUCAGCCCCGGGGAGGUCGUGCUGCCAGUGUCGGUGCUUGGCCGCCCUCGAGGCGGGGUCGCCGCGGAGCCCGACGGCGGCGAGGGCCGCUACCCCCUUAUCUGAGCGCUGGGGGAUCGGCUGCUGGUGCAGGGCUGGGGGCUGCGGGUGGCAAGCAACGGCCGGGGUGCCGCCGCCAACUGCCUCAGACCUUAUCUGGCACCCUGGCCUAACUGCCCGGCACCCCGCGACUGGGUUGGGGUCACUCGUCUCCCUCGCGUUCUCCCGGGAUCUUAUGUUUCUCUGCGUUUCAUUCCGUUCAAAGAAACGUGGGGCACGCGCGGCGGGUGCGGCGGCAGCAGGCGACCCUCCAGCGCACCUUCGAAGGACGUCCCUGCCCUCUGCCUUGCCUCGUAUUGUGGUUCACUAGUAAGUGCCUGCUUCCCUAGUCAAAGAGAACACGUGAGCCCUUUGGUGCGUCGAGAGAAGGGCGGUCUUCUUUAGGGCUGAAGGGAAAGGACCGCAGUUCCACUCCUUUCCCUACCUGCCGCCUGGACAGGUCUCCCAGGGUGGGCAGAGGGCGAGGAGCCGUUGAGGACCAGCCGCGACCGGGGACUGCUGCACGUGGGUGUGGGAGAGCGCCACUUGGUUAUGAUGAAAUCGCUGCCAUGCGGCAGACCCCCCAAAAUCCCUCAGUGUCUUCCUGAUCGAGCAAAUAGUCACAGCUGGUGUUUCACAAUUAGGUGGAGUGCGGGGAGUGGGCUAGGGGGGACACCUGUGAUACAAGGUUAGCUGCUGUACCUACUCAGGGAACAGCAACCAUGUAUAUCCAUUCGGCUGGACUUUUGAUUGUUCAAUAACUGAGAAGGUAUUUAUAUUUAUUUGUCUUUUAUUCUAAUAUUUUUACCAUGCAUUGAACGCAACAGGAGGGUAUUUCAGCAAAUUCACGACAAGGUAAUCGUCUUAUCACUUUUUGUAGGCCAUUAAUGGUCAGGAAAUUGCCCAUACUCUGUCAUUAUUGUUUAAUAAUUCAUUAAAUUAUUUCAUUAAAAAAGAAAAACAGGUAUGGUCAAACGAGGAAGUAUAUGUGACAUAAAAAACAUGAAGGAUAUCUUAUUUUCACUAUUUGAGAAGAAUAUAUUUUAUUUUUAGUACUGUGGCAUAAUAUAUAACUUUUUAUAAUAAUAACUGUAUGCAUUAUGUAGUAUAGCUUUUAAUUGUAUCAUUCAUCACAUAGUUAUAUGUAAAAAUAAUUGACAUGUAUAUGCCAUACCAUGAAGCAUAUGAUGUUGUGCACUUUCUCCUCCGUUUUUCAUUUGGAAUACAUUCCACAACAUGAUCCAAAACAUAAGAACUUACGACUUGUAACUUUCGUUUAAAGCCAUUAAUUGUGCAGUAAUGUGCUACAGAAGGAUUCAAUCAGCUUCUCUUAAGAAACAAGUGUCAUUGUAUCAGUUUCCUGUUCUGUGACAUGCCCUUUAAAAGUAAAAGAUAAUAUAACAUAUUUUAAUACAUUGUGUGUAAUGUACAUAUGCAUAUUGUCCAUGUACUAUAUACACAUUGUUUAUAAUAUUGUUAUUACAGUUUGUCAUUCACCUGAAAGGAGAAGGAAAAAUACGAAAGGUUUCUCUGCUUGGGAAAAGGUGAAUGUUGUUAUAUCAAGAACGAUUACACACGUGGAUCUCAUACAUGUUUUUAGAACAUUGUUCUUCUGAUUGAAGGAGUCUGAUGCUCCUGAAAAAUCUUAAAAUAUCUGACUUGUAUUGAAGAAAAUUAUUUAAUUAAAUUUUUAAAGGCUGGUUGAAAAAGUCUGACAGUUCUGAGAAUUUUUUAAAUGUCUGAAUUGUAAUAAAAGAAAAUGGUUUACUUUAAACUUCUAAAAACUAAUGACCUUGUGACUAAAGAAAAAUCAUUUGAAGUGUAUUAAAAAAUAGCAAAACAUUAAAAUCUUUUCUCUGUGCAAAUUUUA